UUCUCGGGUGUCGCGCGAAGCUCCGCUGCUGUCCGGUGGCCGCUGCCUGGUCCUCUCUGUCCUCGCGGCGCGUUGCGGGCUGUCCUGCGGCCCCGCCCCCGAGGCCCUCGGCGCCCCCCGGCCGGCCGGCCUCCUUCCCAGCCCGGAGCCGCGCGCCAGGACGGCUGAGGCCGCAGGAGUGGUUGGAAGAACAAUGCAUGUAAGUCUUUGACACCAUGAUAUCCAUCAGGCAAAGAAAAGGAGUAAAAACCACAGAAGUUUCUGAGGAUUAUGCAGCACAAGAAGCAAAUGUGAAGUUGGAAAAUAAAUUGCCAUCUGGUUGUACCACUAGAAGGUUGUGGAAGCUUCUGUCAUUUAUAGUUGGUGGAACCAUUGCCCUUUGCAUUGGACUUCUAACAUCUGUCUACCUGGCCACUUUACAUGAAAACGAUUUGUGGUUUUCUAAUAUUAAGGAAGUGGAGCGAGAAAUCUCAUUCAGAACAGAAUGUGGGCUGUAUUACUCCUACUACAAGCAAAUGCUGCAGGCUCCAACCCUCAUGCAAGGUUUUCAUGGCUUAAUAUAUGAUAACAAAACUGAGUCUAUGAGGACAAUUAACCUUCUUCAACGAAUGAAUAUUUACCAAGAAGUUUUCCUUAGUAUUUUAUAUAGAGUCCUGCCCAUACAGAAAUACUUAGAGCCAGUUUAUUUUUAUAUUUAUACCUUGUUUGGACUGCAGGCGAUCUAUGUCACAGCCCUGUACAUAACCAGCUGGCUCCUUAGUGGGACAUGGCUCUCGGGGCUUCUAGCAGCGUUCUGGUACGUCACCAAUAGAAUAGAUACCACAAGAGUUGAGUUUACCAUCCCGCUGAGGGAGAAUUGGGCUCUGCCAUUCUUUGCAAUUCAGAUAGCAGCAAUAACAUAUUUCCUGCGACCAAACUUGCAGCCUCUUUCUGAGAGGCUGACACUUCUUGCCAUUUUCAUAUCAACUUUUCUCUUUAGUCUGACAUGGCAAUUUAAUCAAUUUAUGAUGCUGAUGCAAGCAUUAGUGCUGUUCACACUGGACUCCUUGGACAUGUUGCCGGCGGUGAAGGCGACGUGGCUAUACGGCAUCCAAAUGACAGGUUUGCUCCUGGUCUGCAUCCUUCAGUUUUUUAAUUCUAUGAUUCUUGGAUCAUUGCUUAUCAGUUUUAACCUUUCUGUAUUAAUUGCAAGAAAGCUUCAGAAGAAUCUGAAGACUGGAAGCUUUCUUAAUAGGCUUGGGAAACUAUUGUUACAUUUAUUUGCAGUUUUAUGUUUGACACUUUUUCUCAACAACAUUAUUAAGAAACUUCUUAAUCUGAAGUCAGACGAACACAUAUUUAAAUUUCUGAAGGCAAAAUUUGGGUUUGGAGCAACAAGAGAUUUUGAUGCAAAUCUGUAUCUGUGUGAAGAAGCGUUUGGCCUCUUACCUUUUAAUACAUUUGGAAGGCUUUCAGAUACUCUUCUUUUUUAUGCUUACAUAUUUGUUCUGUCCAUCACAGUGAUGGCAGCCUUAGCGGUCGCCUUCCAUAAUCUCAGUGAUUCUGCAAGGCAGCAAUCCACGGGUCAGAUGGGAAAGUGCACGAUCAUCCUGAAACCAGAAACUGCCUACAACCUAAUACAUACCAUUCUGUUUGGAUUCUUGGCAUUAAGUACAAUGAGAAUGAAGUACCUCUGGACGUCGCACAUGUGUGUGUUCGCGUCAUUUGGCUUAUGCAGCCCUGAGAUAUGGGAGUUACUCCUGAAGUCGAUCCAUCUUUAUAACCCAAAGAGGAUAUGUAUAAUGCGAUAUUCAGUACCGAUAUUAAUACUGCUGUAUCUGUGCUAUAAGUUCUGGCCAGGAAUGAUGGAUGAACUCUCCGAGUUGAGAGAAUUCUAUGAUCCAGACACAGUGGAGCUGAUGGACUGGAUUAACUCUCACACUCCAAGGAAGGCCGUGUUUGCUGGGAGCAUGCAGUUACUGGCAGGAGUCAAGCUGUGCACAGGAAGGACCUUGACCAACCACCCGCACUACGAAGACAACAGCCUGAGGGAGCGGACCAAAGCGGUUUAUCAGAUUUAUGCAAAGAGGUCCCCAGAGGACGUGCAUGCCCUCCUGAGGUCCUUUGGCACGGACUACGUCAUCCUGGAAGACAGCAUCUGCUACGAGCGGAGGCACCAGCGGGGCUGCCGGCUGCGGGACCUGCUGGACAUCGCCAACGGGCACAUGAUGGAUGGCCCAGGAGAGAAUGAUCCCGAUUUGAAACUUGCAGGCCACCCUCGCUUCUGUGAAGAGAUAAAGAGAAACCUGCCACCCUACACAGCAUACUUCACUAGAGUGUUCCAGAACAAAACAUUCCACGUUUACAAGCUAUUGAGAAACAAGUAACCAAGCUUUCUGUUCAACCUCUAUUUUUGAUACGUGAGAGUCCAUCCUAAUGAAACUCAGCAGUAACAUUUCAUAUGUCCUUAGGUAGCCUGUACCACAAAGCUGUGAUAUGAGUAAGUUGUAGAGAUGUUUACACAAGCGUCACUGUCCUUGAUAGUAUCUUACACAAGCUUCUGUCUUUUUUAUCUUGUUUCAUUAAUGUUCAUUAGCCUAAACUUCUCAGCUUUCUAGGCGUGGUCUAGAAUUUCGUCGUUGGGGAGGAUGCUAAUUGGGCCACGGUGGCCCGAACGGCCACACAGCAUGUGGUGGAAAUCCAGAGGCCGUUCGGGAUGGAAAUACCGCUAAUUGACUUCAGACAGCUAUGGUGGAAUCGAAUUAAGGGCAUGUAUAAUUAAAUUCUUUAGUGUUGUUUCACUAGUGAAGAUCAAUGGAUGGCUUUUUUAAAAAACUCCUUAUCAUCCUGUUUCACCUAAAAAUUUUAUAAUGUUUUCCAACUGUCAUGCUUUUAAUAUUUUUUAAAAAAAUCAUGUUAGGUCUUUGUAUAUAUCUAAAACUUUUUGUUGUGCCCUGUCUGAAAUGUAAAGUUUAGCACACCUCAGUAUAUGUGUCGUGUGUGUGUGUGUGUGUGUGUGUGUGUGUGUGUGUGUGUGUGUGUGUGUGUGUGUACGCGCAUGCGGGUGCAUGUUUAAAUGCCGGAUACAGAAAAGUGUGACAAAUUCCUUAUUGUAAGUCGUGAAAGGAGCAGAAAUGUGAUGUAGCCAAGCAGGUGUUGUUACUGUUUAGUGUUAUUUUAAAACCUACUGAUACUAUUUAGCCUAUCCUGCAAGUAAGAAAAUUUUUCUUCAUUUCUUACUCAUUUAAAUUUACUGGGUUUGCAAAAUUUUCUAAACUUUUUGUUUUUAGCCUUUGUAUUUUUUACAGCCUAGAACCUUGCAAAGUCUGAAUAUUUUUAAAAAUGUUCUGUCUUAACUAAUUCACUAAUACAGUAUUUUUGGCAGAGAGCAUUUUCAUACCAAAUUUGAUUUGUGGUCUCCAAUCUUACUGUGAGGGCCUGGGUAGUGUUAUUGUUUUUCUUACUAAAAGGUAACCAAGUGCCUCUAAGUCAUGCUUAUUUGUAAACAACAAAGAGGAUUAUGUAUACCUGUUCAAAAAUUUUUUGAUAAUUGCUUUUAUAAUUAAUUUCUAAUGAGGGGGACAUGUAAAAGUUGCUGAUAAAAGCAUAUUACACAUUUAAUUAAAUCAAAAUGGGUAAUGAAAUUAACUUUCUCCCCUGUUCUUGGCAGUUGGAAAUGAUGUAAAGGUUUCUCCUUGCAGUUGUACUGAAGUAACUUACCCUAGGCAUCAAGAUAGAUAUAGCACAUGUUCAAAUUAUUUCACAUUCAGUUACUACAUAUUAAACAGUAUUCAGAAAGAAAUGUUACACUGUCAUGUUGGACUCCAGGAUACUUGGCUUUUUUAUCAAAACUUAUUUAAGUAAAAAAAAUUGACACUGGCUGGGUUACUAAAUUAUGCAGCUGCAACUCCUGAAUUAUCUCUUUCCUGUAUCCUGUAAUAAGGUUGGAGACCACUGCAGUUUAGGAUAAUACAAUAAUAAAACACUUUAAUCAGUACUAAAACUUUAAUUAAGCCAGUAAUGAUGCAUGCCUGGUGUGGCUGACAGCAUGGGUCAGUACAUCCUUCAGCGAGUGCCUUACUCUUAAUUGAAACAAAGCACAUGUAAGGUACAUGUUAGACCACGUAGUUUUCUUUUCACGUCCUCCAUUACCUUCCUGAUAGAUUUCAGUUUUAUUUUAACUAUUUCUCUGUAUGCACUAAUCUGAGCAUUUGGGUAUGUGGAGUCUCAGUGUAAGAAACACGUACUUAAAUUUGUACACUGAUCAUCACCGCCCUGAUGGCACACAGGAAUCUCUUUCUCCUAGUUUAGGUGCCAUUGUUGCCAAGACAUUGAGUGUUGAGUCUUCAGUGAAAAAUAUAAAGUGCCAAAAAAAAAAAGUCUUGCAAGACACAAUCCAUGCAUAUGCUCUUCCCAAGACACUGUGACCAUGUAGACAUUUUUCUUUUCUGAUGACCAAGUCUGUCAACAAAUCAUGUUGAACAUUCUUAGCGCUCAUCAGUUUCUCUUUUACGACCUUCUCGUUGGAGUCCACAGGAGGAAAGAGGAAGAGUGACUGACUCCUGGCCCUCUACCAAGCCGGAGCACGCCGCCCGGGGCCCUGGCUCCCUGCCACACAGAUCACAGCAGCCGUGUGAAUAUUUGGUAAUAGCCUCAAAUUGUGGCU